AUGCCUGAGUUCAGUCAAAACACGACUGGCAAGAUGCUGAGCGUUCGAUUUUCAAAUGCCGUCACAUCAGUUUCGUUGGGUACUAAUGAGCAAUUCUUGGAGAUGGUUCAAGUCAAACAAGAGUCCGAGCCAGAGGAGGAGUUACCACGGCAGCUGCGGCAUCAUGUAUUUUUUAUGGAUUUCGCAGGAAAAAAGCAUACUGAAAUCCCUGCUCCUGUUUUAGACCUUGAAGAGCUAGAGGAACUUCAUUUGGAGAAAAACCAAAUCGAAGUGAUUCCAAAGGAGAUUAGCCACCUUCGGAAUGUGAAAGUCCUCUACCUGAAUAAUAAUAAUAUCAAACAUGUCUGUGAGGAGCUUGCAGACCUACAAAGUCUACAUAGCCUAGAUCUUAGCAACAAUCCACUGUCUUCCAGCACAUUGGAAAUAAUAAGCAAAGUACAUCAGCUCCGUGAACUUAGACUCUACAGUAUAAAUCUUGAAGUGUUCCCAGUCGAAUUAUGCAAAAACCUUUACCACCUGCAACUACUUGGCCUAUCCAGCAACCAUUUAAAGUUCCUUCCACCAGAAAUAGUUAACCUAAUAAACCUAAAGGAAAUUUACCUGCAGAACAACAAAUUUGAGGAAUUUCCUUUGCAGAUCUGUUCACUUUCUAGUCUUGAAGUGAUUGACCUUGAACAAAAUAAACUCAAAUCAAUACCUGUUCAAGUCAGAUCCUUGUCAAAGCUUCGCAAACUUUUUGUUGGCUUUAACAACAUUUCAUUCAUUCCAAAAUCCCUGUACCACUGUACAAGGAUGACUGUGUUUGACACAUCUUAUAACAAACUCCAAAAGCUUCCUCAUAAACUCACUGGUCUAAAUGAAUUAAAUGAACUGGCACUGUCAGACAAUGAACUUCGCGUAUUUCCAUCCCCACUAUGCCAAAUGCAGUCCCUUUGUGUUCUGUACAUGAAAAACACUGGCCUAAAAAACCUACCGCCAGCAUUUGGCAAACUGACUUUCAUUAGAAUUCUGGAUCUUAGUCAGAAUUAUUUCACAGAUUUUCCUGAUGUAAUCUGUGGCCUGAAUGAUCUCCAAAUAUUAUCUCUGGAUGACAAUUUAAUACGUAUGAUUACCCCGGAAGUGAAGUUACUCUCCAAACUUACUCACUUGGGACUCAGUGGAAACAGAUUUAGUUCCUUCCCAGAGGAAAUUUGCCUCAUUGAGUCAUUAGAAAGACUGUAUAUUGGACAAGAUCAAGGGAUCAGACUUUCAAACUUACCAGAAAGUAUUUCUAAGUUAAAGAAUUUGAAGGAGUUGUACAUUGAAAACAACAAUUUGGAAUUUCUUCCAUCAACUUUUAACCAACUGCAAAAUCUAGAAGUUUUGGAUUGUCACAACAACCUUUUAAAACGCCUACCAGAUGAGAUCUGCCAGCUUCAAGGUUUAAAGAAAUUGUCUCUUCAGAACAAUCAACUUUCUAGUCUUCCAGAAAACUUGGACCUGUUGCAGAAGUUGGAGGUGAUUUUGCUUGAUGGAAAUGCCUUGGUAGACCCACCCAUUGAGGUGUACAACCUCGGAAAAUCCUAUGUCUGGGAAUACUUAAAGGAAAAGAGGCGUAAAAAUGCAUUUGCCACAAAGAUCCAAGCAUGGUGGCGUGGGCUCUUGGUACGGAAAGGACUGGGGCCAUUUGCGUAUUUAAGCAAUGCUCGACAAAAAGGAAAGAAAUCCAAAAAAGAUAAGAAAACAAAAGGCAAAGACAAGAAAGGUCAAACAAAAGGGAAGAAGAAAAACUGAGGACAACAAGCUGGCAUCUAUUUGAUAGCAGCUCCUAAGAAUUUAUAGGCAAUAAACUAAUGCAACAUACAUAGA